CUGUAAUAACUGCUUAUGUAUGUAAUAUUCUGCUUUAUCUUCCUCUUUCAUCAGGGCUAUUCCACCAAAUCCAGACUAGGUUUCCGUCGUGGGAAAACUGCCAAGGACCAGCUCCAACAGGCAGCUUUCGAGCCAGCCACUGACACUGCCAUCAGAAUGGAUAACAUGGGCAGGAUGUUCCUGGCUGGAGGGGCUGCUGUAGGCCUGGGAGCGCUGUGUUACUACGGACUCGGCAUGUCCAAUGAGAUCGGUGCCAUCGAGAGAGCAGUUAUCUGGCCCCAGUACGUGAAGGACAGGAUCCACUCCACCUACAUGUACUUUGCAGGCAGUGUGGGCAUGACAGCUCUGUCGGCUGUAGCAGUCAGCAGGACCCCAGCCCUCAUGGGUCUCAUGAUGAGAGGAUCCUGGCUGGCAAUUGGAGCUACCUUUGCAGCCGUGAUUGGAGCAGGCAUGCUGGUCAGAUCUAUCUCCUAUGACCAGAGCCCAGGAACCAAACAUCUAGCCUGGAUGCUACAUGCAGGUGUGAUGGGAGCGGUCAUAGCCCCCAUGACUCUGCUAGGUGGGCCCCUGAUGAUGAGGGCAGCCUGGUACACAGCGGGCAUCGUGGGGGGUCUGUCCACCGUGGCCAUGUGUGCCCCCAGUGAGAAGUUCCUCAACAUGGGAGGACCCCUGGCGGUGGGCUUCGGAGUAGUCUUCGCCUCUUCCAUCGGCUCAAUGUUCCUGCCCCCUACCUCAGCGAUGGGAGCAGGCCUGUACUCCAUCGCUAUAUACGGAGGUCUGGUCCUCUUCAGCUUGUUCCUGCUUUACGACACCCAGAAGGUCAUCAAGAGGGCAGAGACAUACCCCAUGUAUGGGAUGCAGAAAUACGACCCCAUCAACUCGUGCAUGGGGAUCUACAUGGACACUCUGAACAUCUUCAUGAGGAUGGUGAUGAUUCUGUCUGGUGGCGGAAACAGAAAGAAAUAAAGACUUUCCAGUCUGACUUUCCAUCUUCAAUCUUCCAGAGUUGAACAACAACGAUCUAUUCUACAAUUAGCACCAUACACCAGCUGUUAACUACUUUUAGUUUGAAAACGUAUUGUCAACUGGCACAAUAACAUUUUUUGCUUUUGUGUGAAGAAGGGGAUUGUAAUUUCCUAGUGCAUAUUGCCACUCAUACAAGUAAAGAAAGAAGAAUACUUGCUCUGUUCUAUGUUAAAGAAAUGCUUUUGUCUUGAUUCUGAGGGAGGCAUAUUUUGAUUAAAGUCAGGAUUGCUCAUGGUGAUAUCAGUCAACAUCACAUAUCUCCCCUCAGUCUUCUUCUGUAAUUUAAUCCUUAUAUUUUAUAUAUAUUUAUUUACACUUGAGGUGGGUGUUCCCAUUUCUGACAAGCAAAACAAAAGUUGGGCAUACAACAGAUAUUUAUGUCAUGCCUCGACACAUACAAUACAUGUGAAUGUGUGGUUAACUCCUGGACAAACACUGAACUUGCAUGCGUUGUAUAUGUUGAGCCUUGGAAGGGUGGGACUUUGGAGAUUUGUUUCUGUAAGAAUGAAAGUGAUUGAAAGUGAUCAAUGCUGUUAUGGUAUAAUUCAAUAAAGUGAAAGCGAAUGCA